AUGGGGGGUCCCCCCCUGCGUUUGCUGCUUCUGAGUUUUUCUAUUUUUUACUUUUCUCUGAGCAGCGCAGCAGCAGCAGAUAAUGCUUCUGCUGCUGCUGCAGCAGCAGCUAAUGCUGCUCCUCCUGCAGCAGCAGCAGAAGCAGCGGAUGGAGCGCCUGCAGGAGCAGCAGCAGCAGAAGAUGCAGCAGCAGCGGCAGACGAAGCAGCAGCAGCAGCAGCAGCAGGAGAUGAAGCAGUAGCAGCAGAAGAUGAAGCAGCAGCAGCAGCAGCAGCAGGAGAUGAAGCAGUAGCAGCAGAAGGUGAAGCAGCAGCAGCAGCCCCAGACGCUGCAGCAGCUGCUGCAGCAGCACCUCCCCCAUCUGCUGCAGCAGCAGCACCUCCCGCUGCUGCAGCUGCAGCAGAAGCACCCACGCCUGCUGCAGCAGCAACAGCAGCACCCCCGGCACCCGCUGCAGCAGCAGCAGCAGCAGCACCCCCACUUGCUGCAGCAGCAGCAGCAGCAGCAGCAGCAAGAAGGCCCUUGAGUGAAGAAGAGCUGGAAGCAGCAGCAGCAGAAAUCGAAGAAGAAUUGAAGGGUUUAGAGCGGCUAGGGUUUACAAAAACCACCACGCCAGCUCCAGGGUUUUUCAAAGAAUUUGGAAUGGGACUGAAGAACUUCGCGUUGGCGCCGUUUAGAGCAGCAGCAGAAGUUUUCAGAUCUCCUUUGAGAGCAGCAAAAGGGAACAGAGGCAGCAUGUUGCUGCUGGCGAGCAAAGUGGGGGAUGCAGCAGCAGCAGCAGCAGACGCCAAGAAGGGGUGGACUGAGCUAGCCAGAGAUGUCUGGCGGCUAGCCACCAUGAACCCCGAAAGGAUGCAGCAGGCGAAGCUGCUGCAGCAAACUGCUGCUAUAGAAGAAGCAACAGCAGCAAGAAGUUUGCUGCGCAACGACGGCGCUGCAGCAGAGCGCUUCGCCCAGCAUCUGCAGCAAACCGAACUGCUGCAGCAGCAGCUGCAGCAGCAGCACCAGCAGCAAAAGUCCGAAGACCAACUCCAAAGAGAAUUCGACAGAUUGCUAGACAAGGCCAGCUAA